AGGUAUGAUCAGUCUACCUAUGCUGGACGAGCUAAACACUUUUUCAUCACUACCAAUCCGCUUAAUGUACUAAAAACUUCCGCUGAACUUGAUGCUGCAAAAUCUAUUGUCCAGAAAUACAGGUUACCGCUUCCCGGACUAUCGGAGAAUGAGUUAUGGCGAGCAAAACAAAUAUACGAUUCCGCUUUCCACCCAGACACAGGGGAGAAAAUGCUCUUGUUCGGUCGGAUGUCUUUUCAAGUGCCUGGAAACAUGUUCAUCACCGGCUGUUUGUUGCAGUUCUAUAAGUCUGCACCCCAAGUUAUUUUCUGGCAGUGGUUCAAUCAGACUUUUAAUGCUGCAGUAAACUACACCAACAGAAGUGGUGACCUUCACACAACCGCCAUUCGUAUUAUGUCUGAACCUUACGUUUCCUUUAACCAUCUGCUCUCCUUGGAGAGGUCACUUCAGCAAAUAAACAUGGGGCGAGCAGUUUACCGGCCAACCCCUUCCCCGCUAGACGGCCUUAAGAGCGAAGUACGUGGGGCUUCCUCUCAAUGGUGCGGGAAGUCUUUGCAAGUCACUAGACAGAUACUAACCGCCCAAACUGGGCAGCCUCCACCGACCGGGCGGAGGUGCCAUCCCGUCCACUUCUCGUUUGUCCCAAUGGGUGCUUGA